AUGGCUUCGGCGCAACAACAACAAGAUCUGAAGCUCUUCUUUGACUAUCAAGGCGUUACAGAAAACGACGCAAAUCGACUACACUACGUUCAGAAGUUUACGGAUUUCCAAUUUUUUAGACUAGCUAAUCCCGUAUACUCGUCGUUCGACAGAGCCUACAUCAAGUGGUUGCAACUACCGAAUUAUCAAACAAUGGCAAGCAGCACAAUUAUUGCGCCACAACCCACACAAACCUUUUUCAACGUACAAGCACCGCCAGCGUACACGUCCCCACCUGUCCUGGAUAAUGUGAACGAAUACUAUAACAACGAUCUGUUAAAUAUCAUGAACCCAGUAAACGCGUCCACUUUAUAUACCAACAACGAAGCAGAAUAUCUACUAAAUGAAACGACGACCGAAGUACUAGAAUCGAGUAGCGACAAUCAAUCUCCCGCAACAUCCCCCGCACCCGCGCCACCACCCCGGACCCCCGUAAAAAAUAAAACCUUAACCCCUAUGGAUAAAAACAUAAACAAUUUAAAAAAAAGUUUAAAACGAAAAGCGUCGUCGACCGCUAAAAGUGGAAGACCCAACAAACAUGUGCAUCUUACACGGAUUGCGAACGAUCAGGCCGAUGAGGAAAAAAUCAGCUCGCAAGACGUGAUUCUCUACGCUUUGGAUGGUACGGAAAAAAAACGAAAGACAAUCUUGACUACUAGCGACGAAACUCUCGAAACCUACAACGUGAAACACUACCAAUGCUAUAUAUACCUAGGCGAAGAACGAGAACAAGCAUUGGAAAAAAUUAAAAUAGAAAAGGACAAGCUAGAAAAACUUUGCUAUCUUGAAAAAUUCACAAUAGAAGCAUUGAAAAAUCGUAAAAAUAGAAAACUCGAAAAAAAUGUUUUGUAA